AUGACAAUACUGAAAGCUAUCAUGGAGGAUCAAAAUCUUCCUCCUCAAAAACUUCAUCCACUUAUCGAUGUCGUUCCACCAGAUGAGCCAGAAGAGCCAUUUUACAAGAACUACAAAGAAGGUGUCCCCAUAGCGAUAGAUAUGGGCCUUUCCACUGUGAGAGCAGGCUUGACAAACUCAGCAGAACCCAACAACGUCUUUCCGUCUGUGGUGUCUCGCUAUAGACACCGUAAGUCAACGACAACGCUAACUAUAGUUGGUAAUGACUGUCUCAGAAGUCCUGCUGUGCGAUCAUCUACCAAACCACCCUACGACGGACCACUUGUAACAAAUUGGGAUUAUAUUGAGUUUAUUAUGGACUAUACUAUUGAGCAUCUAGGUGUCACAAGUAAUAAUGGUAGGCUUAAUAAUCCUGUGAUUAUGACGGAACCUAUUGCAUGUCCUUUCAAUCAACGAAAAAAUAUGUACGAAUUGUUAUUUGAAGCAUAUAGAGCCCCAGCGGUGACUUUUGGAAUCGAUUCAUUGUUUUCUUAUUACGCUAACACCAACGGAAAUUCGAAUGGAUUGGUAAUCGGAACAGGGCAUGAACAGUCGCACAUCAUUCCAGUUCUUGAUGGUAAAGGAAUUCUUCUGCAGACCAAAAGAAUUGACUUUGGUGGUAAUACUGGCCAACAGUUUUUGUCUAGAAUCCUUGCUUUAAAAUAUCCUUAUUUUCCUACUAAAUUGAAUUCCAAUCACACCACCAAUUUGUUCAAAGAUCAUUGCUAUGUUCUGACGGAUUAUCAACAAGAAUUAAGUCACUAUUUAGACAUGGAUUUUCUCGAUAACCACGAUAUAGUUAUACAGGCGCCAGUUGAUGUCUCAAAUGUUAGUGAUAAGAAGAAGUCAGACGAAGAGUUGGCAAGGCAAACUCAAAGAAGAAGAGAACAAGGAAAAAGAUUACAAGAACAGGCCCAGCAAAAGAGGGCUGAAAAGCUAGUUCAAAAGCAACAGGAAUAUGACUACUAUGUUGAAUUACAGAAGGAAAUUGUGUCUCUUGAUGAAAAUUUAGUCGAAACGAAAUUGGAGGAACAUGGGUUCGACGACUUGAGUGAUUUUAAAAAGUACUUUAAUACACUUGAAAAGUCACUCAAAAGAGCAAAUCAGGGAAAUUUUGAGGAGGAAGAAAGUGUCGAACCUUCGACAACUUGGCCCCUUGUUGAUAUUCCAGAUGAUCAAUUAACAGCUGAUCAGAUAAAAGAGAAACGAAAACAAAAACUUAAUAAAGGUAACUACGAGGCUAGAGAAAGAAAUCGUGAGCUUAAGAGACAAGAAGAAGAGGAAAAGAUUCGUCGACAGAAAGAGGAAGAAGAAUGGAGGAAACGCGAUUUAGAAGGCUGGUGUAAUCAGAAAAGAUUGGAGGUAGCAGAAAUAAUUAGCAAGAUGAAAGAAAGGGCAAAGCUAAUCGAUUCUUUCAAAGAUAGAAAAUCUAUGGCAGCUCAACAACGUAUGAAAAACAUUGCCGACCUAGCUAAUGACGAAAAUGGUUCAACAAAUUCGGCAUCGCGAAAGAGACGCCGUAACGUGAGCUCAACAAUUGAUAAUGAUCCUAAUGACACAUUUGGAGCAAAUGAUGAUGACUGGAGUGUUUACAGAGAUAUUUCCAAUAAGACAUUAGAGGAGGAUCAAGAAGCAGAUAAUGAAGAAGUUGUGAAACUAGAAGAAGAGCUUCUUAAAUAUGAUCCCAAUUUUCACCAGGAGGAUACUCUUGCUGCAUCCCAAGUCUUUGAUUGGAGAAACCUGGUAUUGCACAAAUUUUUGCAUGGCCCUAGGCCAAAUAUUACGAUAGCAAUGCAAGCUGAAGGUAUGGACCCAGAAGAAAUCGCCAAUCAUCCUGAUAUUAUUACUAAAAAUCGCCAAAUUCAUUUAAAUAUUGAGCGAAUUCGAGUACCUGAGAUCCUAUUUCAACCUAUUAUUGCAGGACUAGAUCAGGCGGGUAUCCCUGAGAUCCUGGAAGAUUUGAUCCAUCGGAGGCUAGAUGGAAUCUUGAAAGAAGGCGGCCAGUCGUAUAGCAUAGUUCAAGAUGUCUUCCUUACUGGUGGCUUGGCUCGUUUGAAGAAUAUCAGACAGAGAGUAGAGACUGAAUUCACAAGCUUUUUGCCAGUUGGCACGCCUUUGAAGGUAAGAACCGCAAGGGACCCUUUGUUAGACACAUGGAAAGGUAUGCAAAAGUGGUCUACAAGUGAUGAAUGUAAGAAGAGUUAUGUUUCAAUCAAAGAAUAUGAAGAAUACGGUCCAGAGUAUAUAAAAGAGCACGGGUUAGGAAAUGUAUGCUUACGUUAA